GACUUGACGCAGGCUGUGGCAGAGUUUCGCAGGAGGAGCAAGUGGGAGGAAGCUCUCCAGCUGUUCCGCACCUCUUUGCAGGGACGCCUGCAGGCUGAUGGCAUCGUGUAUGGUGCCGCGGUCAGUGCCUGCGAGAGGGGCAGCUGCUGGCAAUAUUCCCUGGCUUUGCUCGCUGAGGCGGAGGAGCUGACGUUGGAUCCUGGAAUCAGGACGCUCAAUUCCGCCUUGGCGGCAUGCGGAGCAGGCAACGAGUGGUGCUGGGCUCUGCAUCUCUUCGAUCAGGCUCAACAGGGACUCCACGGAGAGCCGAAUGUGGUCACCUACAACUCAGCGAUCGCUGCCGUUACCAAGGCAGAUCAAUGGAGGCUUGGCCUCCAGCUUUUCGCGCAGCUGGCGAGCACCCGCGGCCUGCAGGCGACGGCGGUCUCCUUCACGGCCGGGCUCACGGCCUGCGCCAGGGGCGAGCUCUGGCAAAGCGCUCUUGGGAUAUUGGCCAUGGCCUGUGCGGCCUCCUUGGAGACCGGAGCAAUGACGGCAGGUUUCAACGCUGCCGCCAACGCCUGCAUCCAAGCGGGCCGAUGGGAGGAGGGCCUUUCGGUAGCGCUGGCCAGCCCAAGCCUUGACGAGGGGAGUUGGGCCCUUGCGGUCUUCGCUUGCAAGGCAGGCAACUGCUGGGAGCAGGCGUUCCGAUUGUUGGGCGCCAUGGAGAAGGCCGGUGUGCAGCCGACCGUCGCAGCCUGCAGUGCUGCCAUCGCCAGCUGCGAUCGGCAGUGGGAGCAGGCACUGCAGAUUCUCGUGGCAAUGCAGGCUCGCGGCCCAACGCCCAAUUUCGUGGUUUUCUCUGCAGCCAUCGGUGCAUGUAGCAACGCCUCGGAAUGGAUCGUGGCGCAGCAACUAGGGAUUCGCAGAGCGCCAAAGGGCAGCUCAGUCAGCUCGAACUCUGCCGGGCGGCGAGCUUCUUGCGCGAUGGCAGCGCCGGUGCGGAAGACGGCCAGGAUGCUCCAAAGUUUGAGCUGGCGCUUGGGACGCAAAUCUUGUCAUCGCCUCGUGCAGGAGGCGGCGACAGAAGAAGAUUUUCUCCGUCGGUGCUGCAUGGAGGUGCUGCUUCGUUCCGGGGCGAUGCGCUACUCCCGUCUUGCACGGAAAGCUGCCGUACUAGUGAGGCGGCGUGCCUCCAAAGCUUUGAAGAAGAGCCAGGACCGGACAUCCAGUCCAGAGGAUAUUCGGCUGCGACUACUGGCCUCCUUGCCGAGGUCGUGGCUGAGCGCGACUGGGCCUGUGGUGCGUCUUCCCGUGGUCACAGCAGCAGAUGAUUGUUGCAUUUGUUUGGUGUCGCGGGCAGACGCUGCCUUCGUUCCAUGCGGAGGCUUGUGCCUUGCGCUGCAGCGACUGUGGUUGGGCUUCGAAGAGCAGAUGGACAGGCCCAGCACGCACUGGUGCCUUGUGCUGGCAGCUGCGGAUGCAUGUGACAAAAGCCCGCAUGCAAAGUCGGACUUGCGCAAAGCCAUUCUUGUCGCAAGACUCGAGUCGCGUGGCUCCGGUGCACCUUCCGUUGAAAGCUGUUUCGACAGGCUGCACGUCUUGACGGCAUGCCGAGACAUGGGGUUUCACGAAGAUCUCCCCUCUCUGAACGCAGCUAUCAGCUCUCUGGGGCAGCGCUGGCAAAGGGCGGCGGAGCUCUUCGCAGGCAUUCAGGCAGAGUCCCUGCAGCCGGACAUCAUCACCCUAGCGGCGAUGACAACCUCCUUUGGCACGUCCGACCGUUGGGAAUGCGUGCUGGCUUUGGGUAGGCUCAUGCAAAAUCGAUUGGAGAGCAAUGUUGUGUCUGCUGGGGCAACCAUCACUGCCUUGCAUCGAGGAAGCCAGUGGGAGAGUGCGGUGUAUGCCUUGCAGAGGAUGCCACAGACCGCUUUGCAGCCCAACAUCGUCGCGUGCAAUGCGGGCCUGGGGGCCGCCGAGCGCGGCGCGAGGGCGGCCUGGGACCAGGCCCUGAGCCUCCAAGAGAAGCUUCGGCGCUUCGGCCAGCGACUGGAUGUGGUCUCCUUCAAUUCCGCUGCGAGUGUCUGCAGCCUGGAGAGGCGCUGGGACGUGGCCUUGGCUCUGCUGCAUGUUGUACCCGAAGCGUCCAUGGAAGCAGGCGAGUCGGGUUGCAACAUCGCGAUUCAUGCCUGUGAGAAAGUGGGACGCUGGCGAGAGGUCAUAAACACCCGAGACGCCAUCGCGGCUUUCGACGCCGUUCUGGAUCAAAAGUUGGCAGCGCUGAGAGUUGCUUUGAUGGAGGAGCACCGAAGGCUGCUCCAUGUCUCAGAUUUCGAGGUGGCCAAGUUCGAGAUGGGGUCCCGGCGAAGCAGCGUGGAAAGCGGGCAAAGCGUGUCCCGGCGUAGCAGCGUGGAAAGCGGGCCCAGCGGGUCCCGGAGAAGCAGCAUGGAAAGCAGCAGGGAGGAGGCUCCGCCACUGGCCUUACUGGCAUCCAGCCAGUUGGAAACGUUUCCGCGAGCAUCCAGCCAGUUGGAAACGUUUCCGCGGGCCCCGCCAUCACUCAACGACUGGUUCGAGGAUGAGCCGGAAGAGCCACCAGCUGACAUCCCGGAGCAUGACAGCAACAGGACGGGUCCGAACCUGUCAAGCUCAGUGUCGAGCCUCUCCACCUCCAACAUGAAGGACCCAAACAAGAAGUCCGUCAAGAAGUCGGUUACGUUCCUGCCGCACAUCGAGGUCUGUGAGUACUCCAGCAUGGAAUCUCAGAGUUCCAGUGAGCUCCGGGCUUUGUGGAAGUGGCCGGAUGAGAACGAUCCUGAGGAGGACACGGAAGAUAUCUUUCAUGAGCUCGGCGUUGGCCCAGGAGCAGGCGCAAAUCAAGCCGCCUGGCUGCAGUGCCUCUCGCGCUUUGUGACGCCCCCGAUGUCUCGCAGAAGGAUGGUCUGGGAUACUCUGGCACUGAUCAUCCUUGCCAUUGAGGUCAUAGCGUUUCCUCUCAGUGCCUUUGAAGCAAUUGAAGUGCUGAUGACUUCGGAGCCGACCUUCAUCGUGAUGGAUUGGAUCUCCGCGUGCUUCUGGCUGACAGAUAUGCCGCUCCAGUUAUUUGCCGGCUACAAUACCAUUGAGGGCAAAAUCGAGAAGCGCUUCUCCUACACAGCUCUGCGGUACUUGAAGUCCUGGUUCUGCCUGGACCUGUUGAUCGUUUCCUUGGAUUGGGCCUCGCUCGUGGGUCACUACGAUGCCGAGUUCCUGGAAGCUUUGAGAGUUGGGAAGACCGUUCGCGGCAUUCGCAUUGUGAGAGGAGUUCGAAUCCUCCGACUGGCCAAGGUCGCACCAAUGCUGCAAAACGUGGCGGACUCCUUGUAUGGGGACCUCAAUGUGCUCAUUUUCAAGAUUUCGAACAUCGUCCUCUCUGUUGUGUGUGUGAACCACUUCAUUGCUUGCUUCUGGUACUGGCUUGGCUCCUUCACCGGAGAAGGUGGACAGCCAAGCUGGACCACCGAUGUCCAGGCCGGUGCUGAAUCAGCCGGCUUUCAGUACGUGGCCGCGUUCCACUGGAGUCUGUCGAAUUUUGCGACUGCCACAACACGCAUCAAUGCCAUCAACAUGUGGGAGCACAUCUACGCCAUCUUCGUUCUCUUUGCAGGCCUUGUGUCUUUUGCAAGCAGUGUAUCCGCCAUUACAUCGGCGGUCACGGACUACAGAUCCGUGGAGGUUGACACCUUGCAGAACGAGAAGAAGCUCCGGUCGUUCUUUGGGGACAGGGCGAUUUCCCCCGCGAUGUCCAGCAGGAUCUGGGAGUUUGUCCGAUCAAGACGACGCACUCGGCCUAAAUUGACGGAGAGCAACGUCAUUCUGCUCACCGGACUGCCGAAGAUCCUUCGAAUCGAGCUGCGUAAGGAUAUGUUUAUCCCUCACCUUCAGGCACAUCCCCUAUUUCAAGGACUUGAGCUGGCUGACCCGCACGUGAUCAGCCGCCUCUGUGAUCGAGGACUUGAGUUUCGUGGCGUGCCUCCGAUGGAGGACGUGUUCAACCGGGCAGAGAAAGCUGCUCAUGUGUACUAUUGCAUAAGUGGUCAGCUGCAGUAUUACUUCCAGCGACCCCAAGCUCGACGGUCAGUGAGCGGAGCAAUCGACGUUCACGCCGGUGAGUGGAUCGCAGAGGGUGCUCUGUGGUUCGACAACUGGGUGCACUUUGGAUGGCUCCGGGCAAAAACACCAUCGGAGUUCGUUCUGCUGAACGUGGAAGUCUUCCAGAUGGUCGCUCUGAAAUCGCCGAGUCCAUACUUAG